CACACUGAUCGCAGCCAUUAGCAGCUGUUUAUUCUGUGUUUGUUUCGUGUUUAUUCUCAAAAUGUAGUUUUGUGGUAAUUGUUUCGUGCUGCUCUUAGCUUGACUACAUGAUACUGUUUGAGUACAAAUAAAUCCACCGAAUCCUUUCAUCCUCAACCACAGAAUCAACUAAAUUAGCACCGCAAUGGACUGCGAUGGGGCUGCUACUGCUGUGUUGGCUGAUGAUUCCGGCCAUUUCAGUUGCACCAGCGAUGAGGGAAACAGAACCAGCCCAAUAAGCGAUUUACCGCAAGGCAGGGUCGGCGGCUGCGACCAGGAGCCAGAGAAGUCAAUGUUUCUUGUUAGGCAGGAGCUGCUUAAGUCGCGCAGCGAAAUCGAGCGGCUUGCGAAGUCUGAGCAGUGGUACAAACAGGAACUAAAGUCACAGAAACACGGUCGUCUGGAGACUCUGGAGCGUCUGUAUGCCCAGGAACGCAAAUAUCUUUUGGAGAAUCAGAGACUGCAGCAGGAAUCAAUGAGACUGCAUGCCAAGUGUGCUUCGCUGGAAAGGCAGCAAGAGCCCGGGCAACCAUUGUCUCUCGGUUCGUCUACAUUUUACACCGAAAGUGGCAAUUGUGGGAACAUUUUCGAAGCACAGCAGCAAGAAGCGCUCCUCGUCGACCAGCGCCAGUUAAUUGAUGUGCUCCGUAAGCAAAAAAAGAUGCUCCUGGAGGAUAUACAACGUUUGAGUAUAGAGCACGACGAAAAGCUAACGCAGCUGCAGCAAGCCUUGGUCGGAAUGGAGCUGGAAAGCAAACACAUGACGGUAAAAUGUAAGCAGCUGCUGGACGAGAAAAGCAAGCUCGAGUAUCAUUUGGAGCUGAGAGCAACUGCCCUGCGCGGUGUUACAGCCGAGAGGGAGCAGCUGCGUCAAGUAAUUGCUGAGCUUAAUGAUACAUUGCUGACGCAAGAGCGAUUGCUGGCCCUAAAGGAGCAGGAAUUCGUAGAUCUCAAGCAGUUUUACCAGCAGAAGUUGAGCGAGGAAACCAGCAUAGACGUUAUGCACACAUACAGCCUAAAAUUUCACGAGGAGAUCAACUGCAAGACCAGUGAGAUAGCGACUCUGAAAAAUUCCCUGAACGAGCUUCAAUCGGAGUUGAUGGUCAUGUCCCAACUGAAGGCCAAGAAUGAGGAGCAGCAGCGACAGUUGGAUCAAUUACAGUUUACUGUGCAGGCUCAGUUAUUGGAGCAAGAGCAACUAAGGCAAAGUGAUGGCCUGAAGCUAGAUCAAGUGCAGAAACUAAAUAUUUCUCUUGAAGCACUGCAUCUGGAAAAAGCAACCCUCAGCGAAAGUCUCAUGGAGGCACUUAAUACAUUGAAAAACCUGGAGCAGGAGGUGCAUCGACUGCACAGACAAUAUGCCGAAAUGUGCGCGAAGUGCGAAGACACCAAACUGCAGCUGGAACUAGAGAAAAACGGUCUGGCCAGGCUGAGACAGGAUAGUUCUUUGAGAGAAAGCGCCCUGAGUAAGAAACUGCGGGACCACGCAGAUCAGUGUCUUCGGCUGGGAGAAGCCAUGGUGAAAGCAGAGGCCAGACUAGAUAGCCAAUCGGCACAUGCACAGAAAUGGAAAGAGCAGCUCAAAAAGAUGCACCAGGAGAAAGAGAAAGUACAAGUGAAUUGUCAAAGCCAGGGCACGCAAACUGAGACCGAUGACCCAGUGCUGAUACAACGAAUUGAGAUGUUGGAGAGGCACCUGGCAGAAGUCCACUCCCAGAAAAUGCAAACUGUUUCACUGCUCCAGAAGCUUCUCCAGCAACAGGAUUCGAAGAUCAAGAGUACAUCUGAAAUGGAAGCAGAUUGGCGUCAGCUUCUGGAGGCCUUGCAAGCCACUCAACAAAUAGAGCAAGAAAUGCGACUACAACUUCAUCAAAAAACGGUCGAGCUGGAUAAGCUGAAUGUACUCUUUGCCAGACAAAAUGAAGAGCUACAAAAUCUGCACCAGCUAAGCCUGGCCAAGGACCAGGAGAAUCGCUUGGAGCUGGAGCUGCUGAAAGGAAAAUUCCAAGAGAACUUGCAGGUACACUCUGCCGAUUCGAUAAGCAUACAGCAUCUACAAGGUCAGGUAAAAGGUUUACUCGAAGAGCGCGAGCAUAGGAUGCUACAGGAGCACAAGGCAGUGGUCUGCCUGCGCUCUCUAGUACAAGUGCUCGAAAUGGAGACAGGCAGAAAGCUGCAGAGUGGCAAAAAUUGGCCGCAGCUGGCCAAGCUUUUACGCAAAGAAUUGCAAAACGGUAGACUAUCCCAGAGAAAAGCUGAACAGCUUCCAGAUAUAAAACUAAAGCUGGCGGAGGUCACAGAAAUACACGAGCAGGAUCUCGUCAGGAUCAAGAUGAUGGAGAAAAGGUUGGUCGCGGAACGUGCAAGCUUUGAAGCAUCAGACUCGGGAAAAUCCACGGCCAGCACAACGCCCCUUGAACCCGCCCAUGAAAUUGCCAAUCUGAUCGAUGACUACAAAAAGCUCGUACAGCAAACCGCCAAGGAGACGGGUCGCCCACGUAACAGCUACAUUCUGGAUCUGAUCGAACGAAGUCAACGUUGCCAGCCAAAUUUGUGCCAAUUAUACGAAGGCGUUGCCGCCUGUCGCUCCGAUAUGCGGCAGCUGAACAUGCUGCUCGCUGCUGCUGCUGGCCCAGAGAAGGCUAGAGAGGUCAUGCCCUCGCUGAUGGAAGAGCUGCGCGCAGUGUCAGAGCAUUCUUAGACAGACGAAUGACAUUCUCUGCCCUUCUCUGACAUUCUCAAACCUGCCAACUUAGCUUUUUAUACCCGAUACUCGAAGAGUAAAGGGUAUAUUGUAUUUGUGGGGA